GUCGAGCGGGCGCCAUUGCUGGACGCGUUCCCACCCUGCUCUGCGAGAGCCCUCAGUUGUGCUCAGUGCGGCCGCCAGAUGUCUUUGUGGGACUCUCCUCUUUCAAGAGAGGGGUACUGAGAAGCAGAGAUUAUGACUGCUGUGGUUUUUGCAGUUGGACCUUUGAGUUCUGAAGUUACCCAGGCAGAUGGAGAUCUUCACCUUCUGAUGGAAGAAGCAGAGCUGGUGAAGGAAUCAGUGACAUUUAAGGAUGUGGCAAUAGACUUCACGUUGGAGGAAUGGAGGUUGAUGGACCCUACACAGAGGAAUCUGCACAAAGAUGUGAUGCUAGAGAAUUAUAGAAAUCUGGUCUCGCUGGGGCUUGCAGUUUCCAAACCAGACAUGAUAACUCAUUUGGAGAAUGGGAAAGGACCAUGGGCAGUGGUGAGAGAAAUUUCAAGAACUCCCUAUCCAGUCAAGAAUGCUAUACUUACAGAGGAUAUUUUUGAAGAAGAUUUAUUACAGGAAACUGUUGUAGAGAAACUCACAGAGAAUGGUCUGUGGGAUUCCACAAAGGGAGGAUUAUGGAAAUGGAAUGACAAAAUAUUGAAAUUGCAAAAUAGUGAGAAGAGUCAUCUGAGUCAAAGAAGAGUAACACACAAGAAAAUUUCCACUGAUCAAAGAGGCUUUAGAUUUGGGUCUGUUCUUUUCCUAGAACCAGGAAUUAUCACAGAAGAGCCCCAUGGCAAAUGCAAAAUACAUGAGGAAAACUUCACAGAGAAUUUAGAUUUGAUUACAGAUACUCAUUUGGGAAAGAUAAUUUGCAAGAAUAUGAAAGGCAACAAAACUAUAAACCAGACUUCAGAAUUUAGUUUAGGGGAAAAAUCCAGUAAUAAAGAAAAACCAUAUAAAUGUAGUACAUGUGAAAAGGCCUUUCGUUAUAGAUCAUUACUCAUUCAGCAUCAGAGAACUCACACUAAAGAAAAACCUUAUGAAUGUAAUGAAUGUGGGAAAGCGUUCAGCCAGCCUUCAUAUCUUAAUCAACAUAAAAAAAUUCACACUGGAGAAAAACCCUAUAAAUGUAAUGAAUGUGGAAAAGCUUUCAUUGCUUCAUCUUCACUUAUGGUACAUCAAAGAAUUCAUACUAAGGAGAAACCUUAUCAAUGCAAUAUCUGUGGAAAAUCCUUUAGCCAGUGUGCCCGCCUAAAUCAGCAUCAGAGAAUUCAAACUGGAGAGAAGCCCUAUAAAUGCAGUGAAUGUGGGAAAGCAUUUAGUGACAAAUCAAAACUUGCAAGACAUCAGGAAACUCAUAAUGGUGAAAAACCCUACAAAUGUAAUGAUUGUGGGAAAGCUUUUAGGAAUAAGUCAUAUCUUAGUGUACACCAGAAGACCCAUACUGAGGAGAAACCUUACAAAUGCAAUGAGUGUGGGAAAUCUUUUAAAAAUACCACAGUUUUUAAUGUUCAUCAGCGAAUUCAUACUGGAGAGAAACCCUUUAGAUGUAAUGAAUGUGGGAAAGCCUAUAGAAGUAAUUCAAGCCUUAUUGUACAUAUCAGAACUCAUACAGGGGAAAAACCCUAUGAAUGUAAUGAAUGUGGGAAAGCAUUCAACCGCAUAGCAAAUUUCACAGAACAUCAGAGAAUUCAUACAGGAGAGAAACCCUAUAAAUGUAAUGAAUGUGGAAAAGCAUUUAUUAAUUAUUCAUGCCUUACUGUACAUCACCGGAUGCAUACAGGAGAGAAACCUUAUAAGUGUGAUGAAUGUGGAAAGGCCUUCAUGCGUUCUUCAUCUUUAAUUAUACAUCAGCGUAUUCAUACUGAAGAGAAACCUUAUCUAUGUAAUGAAUGUGGGGAAUCCUUCAGAAUAAAAUCACACUUAACUGUACAUCAGAGGAUCCAUACUGGGGAGAAACCAUAUAAAUGUACUGACUGUGACAGAGCAUUCACCAAAAUGGUAAAUCUCAAGGAGCAUCAGAAAAUUCAUACAGGAGUGAAACCCUAUAAAUGUUAUGAUUGUGGAAAGUCCUUCAGGACAAAAUCAUACCUUAUUGUGCAUCAAAGGACACAUACUGGAGAAAAACCAUAUAAAUGUAAUGAAUGUGAGAAAGCUUUCACUAAUACAUCACAGCUUACUGUGCAUCAAAGAAGGCACACUGGAGAGAAACCCUAUAAAUGUAAUGAAUGUGGGAAGGUUUUCACAAGUAACUCAGGCUUUAACACUCAUCAGCGAACACAUACUGGAGAGAAACCAUUCAAAUGCAAUGAUUGUGGAAAAGCAUUUAGCCAGAUGGUGCAUGUCACAGAGCAUCAGAAAAUCCAUAGUGGAGAAAAGCCCUAUAAGUGUGAUGUCUGUGGAAAAGCCUUCAGGAGAGGUUCAUACCUCACAGUGCACUGGAGAACACAUACUGGUGAAAAGCCCUAUACUUGUAAGGAAUGUGGUAAAGGUUGUAUUACUCUAUCACAGCUAACUCUACAUCAGAGAAUUCAUACUGGGGAAAGGCCUUACAAAUGUGAAGAAUGUGGAAAAGCCUUCAGAACUAACUCAGAUUUCACUGUACAUCUGAGAAUGCAUACUGGAGAAAAACCCUAUAAAUGUAAUGAAUGUGGAAAAGCCUUUAGGAGUAGUUCAAGCCUUACUGUACAUCAAAGAAUUCAUCAGAGAGAAACUCAGUUAAUUUAGAGAACAAUAAAUUGUUGAUCCAGAUGUCAGCUCCAUAAUAAGAAUCUUAUAAACUAUAUUUUAUGAAUGUAGAAAAAUCUUCAGUAGAAAUUCAUGGAAAAUAUACUCUGAAGAGACACUCUAAAUAUAAUGAAUGUGGAAAAAGCAUUUAGUCAUAUUAAAUCUUAGAAGUUAAAAGAAAUUCACACUAGAAAAAAACAGUGGACAA